GUUUGGUUUAGAGAGAGAAUAACGGCUCUGAAACACUCAGGGAAACGACGAAGAAGCUUUCAAAUCAAAUAAGAAGCCAUAUUUAUUUAUCACAAUAAUCACCACCCAUGACGGCGGCAUCGCUUAUCCUCCUAUGCGGUGUUUGACCAUGCCGCGGGAGAGUGCGCGCGUCCCCGUCUCGCGCCGGGCUCCUUAUCUCCAUCUUCGUCGGCUCCGGUGCUGAGCGGCGGGUCGGCUGUCAGAAAGCCCCCCGAACAUGGCGCAGCUUCGUGCCGCCGCCCGGAGGAGCGCUGACGCCGGCGGCCCGCUUCUAACGGGCUUCGUGUGCGCGUCGCUGCUCGUGUGCGCGGGCGUCGCCUCCACGAGUCUCGACGUUGGACACAACGAGACGCGGAGAGACGGGUCCGCGGGGGAGACCCCGGAGGACCCCCAUCACCCCCAUCACCCCGCCAACUCCACCGUCAAGAAGGCUUUCCCCGUGCUCGAGCUCAACUACGACCACGUGAGGAAGCCGUUUGAGAUCGCGCUGUUGAUCCUCCUGGUGCUGCUCAUGAAACUAGGUUUCCGCAUCCUCCCCCGGGUGUCCAGCGUGGUGCCCGAGAGCUGCCUGCUGAUCGGCGUCGGCCUGCCGAUGGGCGUCAUCAUCCGAGCCAUCUGGGAGGAGGCGCCCGUGCUCAACACCGAGCUCUUCUUCCUCUACCUGCUGCCCCCCAUCAUCCUCGACGCCGGCUUCUUCCUGCCCACCCGGGCCUUCACGGAGAACAUGGGCACCAUCUUGGUGUUCGCCGUGGUGGGCACGCUGUGGAACGUCUUCUUCAUCGGCGGCAUGAUCUACGUCGUGUGUCGGAUCGAAGGCGCCCAGCUGGCCGGCGUGGACCUGCUCUCCUGCCUGCUGUUCAGCACCAUCGUGUCGGCCGUGGACCCCGUGGCCGUGCUGGCCGUGUUCGAGGAGAUCCACAUCAACGAGCUGCUGUACAUCCUCGUGUUCGGGGAGUCGCUGCUCAACGACGCCGUCACCGUGGUUCUGUACCACCUGUUCGAGGAGUUCUCUCACGCGGGCACGGUGACCGUGGCCGACGCCUUCCUCGGCAUCGCCUGCUUCUUCGUGGUUUCUCUGGGCGGCAUCUUGGUGGGCGCCAUCUACGGGCUGCUGGGCGCCUUCACCUCCCGCUUCACCUCGCACACGCGCGUCAUCGAGCCGCUGUUCGUGUUCCUCUACAGCUACAUGGCCUACCUCUCCGCGGAGGUCUUCCACCUGUCGGGCAUCAUGUCGUUGAUCGCCUGCGGCGUGACGAUGCGGCCGUACGUGGAGGCCAACGUCUCCCACACGUCUUACUCGACAAUCAAAUACUUGAUGAAGAUGUGGAGCAGCGUGAGCGAGACGCUCAUCUUUAUCUUCCUCGGCAUGUCCACGGUGGCGGGUCCUUACGCCUGGAACUGGACCUUCGUCAUCGUCACCGUGGUCCUGUGUCUGGUGUCCAGGGUGCUGGGAGUCAUCGGCCUCACGUACAUUGUAAAUAAAUUCCGCAUCGUCAAAUUGACCAUAAAGGACCAGAUCAUCCUGGCCCACAGUGGCCUGCGAGGCGCCAUCGCCUUCUCGCUGGGGUUCCUGCUGCAGGAGAACGAGAUGAAGAGCAUGUUCCUCACGGCCAUCAUCACCGUCAUCUUCUUCACCAUCAUUGUGCAGGGAAUGACGAUCCGGCUUCUGGUGAAGGUCCUGGCCGUGGAGAGGAAUAAUGAGAGCAACGGGUCCAUUAACGAGGAGAUUCACAUACAGUUCCUGGAUCAUCUCCUCACGGGAAUCGAAGACGUCUGUGGCCAUUACGGACAUCACCACUGGAAAGACAAGCUGAACCGCUUCAACAAGACCUACGUGAAGAGGUGGCUGAUCGCGGGCGAGCGCUCCACCGAGCCGCAGCUCAUCUCCUUCUACAACAAGAUGGAGAUGAAGCAGGCCAUGAUGCUGGUGGAGAGCGGCGGCGCCGCCCGGCCGCCCGCGCCGGCGUCCUCCGUCUCCAUGCAAAACAUCCAGCCCAGGGAGUCGGCCCGAGGACGGGCGAUCCCAAGCAUCUCCAAGAGCCGUGAGCAGGAGAUCCGGAAGGUUCUGCGAGGACACCUGCAGAACACCAGGCAGAGGCUUCGCUCCUACAGCCGCCACGACCUGCUGAUCGACCCCUUUGAGGACCACGUGAGCGAAGUCCGCUUCAGGAAGCAGCGCGUGGAGAUGGAGAGGAGGAUGAGUCACUACCUCACAGUGCCGGCAAACCGCCAGGAAGCUCCGGCCGUGAGGAAAGUCUGCUUCGAGCCAGAGCACCGGGUUUACACGUACGAUGACGCCGAGAGCCCCCGGGGCCGCACGGCACAGCCGCGUCCCGGCCCCCCCGAUACCGUCGGCCUGCUGAGCGAAUCCUCCCCGAGGCCCGGAGCCAGAGGGCCGGACCAGGAGCAGCAGGACCAGGAGCAGCAGGAGCAGCAGGAGCAGGAGCAGCAGGAGCAGCAGGAGCAGCAGGAGCAGCAGGAGCAGGAGGAGCAGGAGGAGCAGGAGCAACAGAAGCUGUCCCGCUGCCUUAGUGACCCCGGUCCAAACAACAACAAGGAGGAGGGGGAGGAGGAGGAGGAGGAGGAGAUCUUGUGAUGAAGCAUUUACAGUUCCAAUGAGCCGGAGCAAAGCUUGAUAUUGUGAAGGAGCAUGUCCUGUUUGUGUGAUGUGCAAAUCGUGUUGUUAUGUUUUUGAGGGUUUUAUAUCAUGUAUGGGGUGGCUUUAGCUCAGUGGGGUAAGAGGGCCGUCCUUCAACCGCGAGGUCGUGGGUUCGAUCCCCGCUCUCCCAAUUAGCUGCAAGUCGAAGUGUCCUUGAGCAAGGCACUGAACCCCGAGUUGCUUCACCGCAGCCUACUGCUCCUUAAUAACUAAGGAUGGGUUAAAUGCAGAGAACUAAUUUCCCCUUGGGGAUUAAUAAAAGUGUAUAUUUAUUUAUUUUAUUUAUUACCAAAGCAUGCACUAUGAGGCAUUUUUACCAUUUCAGUAUAUUUAAUGUCUUAACAAGCAGACUUCCAUCAAAUGGAACAACAACAAACACAAAGCACUUGUUUUUAACGCACUUGAAGCACCGGAUGGGCGGAGCUUACAGCCUCAAAGUGCAGUACUAAAGAUAUAAUGUGAUAAUACUAUAUAUUUAUACUAUUUAGUAACAAGACGUCGCUCCCAGAACUACCAAAGAUAAGUCUGAUGAUGCCCCAAUAUAAACAAUUAUAUAGAUAUGUGUUUCUCAUUAUGAAAAUUAAAGCUUGAUAUUAAUAUUGAUCCGGCUGUGAACCAGAAAGCACAAAUCUGGGGUUCCAAGAAUGUUCAAAUACCGAGGUCCGUGAACGUCACACGGCUGCGUGACGGACCGGUGUUUUCUCAGGGACCCGGCCCGGUGCUACCGGCCGGACGGUGUGUCACGUGACUGUUGGGUGGUCCUCUGUAACAUUCCCGCAGUAAUGGUGGAUGUUUUGUGGUGUGACCACACAUCCGGGUUCCCGGGCACUGCCCGCCGAGCACACCUGAGCUUCCUGCUGCCUGCACGUGUUUGCCUUAAAACGUAUAUUUGCUUUCUGUGUCUUAUCCAGUUGAAGUAUUUUUCUAUUUUGAAGAAGAAGGACCAAAAAAAUGAAGAAGAGCUUUAAUUCCUGUGUCAAAUAAAGAAUGUGUCAUUGCUUAAGUCCUGUGAUAUUCUUUUUUUUAUCAUAAUAAAAAAAGAGAAAUCCA